AUGACUGAAGGAGUGCUCGACUUUUACUUUGAUAUUGUGUCACCUUACGCGUUUUUGGCAUAUCAAGUAAGCUUGGCUAGCUUUGACUAAUAGUAACAAUUUCUCAUUUUUAAUGCUUUAAUUUUGAAAAAAAAUAUGAAUCUCGUAUUUUUGCAACUUUAUUUUUAUUUUUAAAUGUUAUUUAUGAAAUUUCAGAUCAUUCGAGAUCAUGAAGCCAAUAUGAAUCUAAAAAUCAACUUUCAUCCAGUAUCAAUGGCCGCUGUUUUUCGGCUAACUAAAAAUGUCGGACCCGGGUUAAUACCAUUGAAAUUUCAAUAUCUCCGAAAAAGUUUAAUUCGACUGUCAGAAUAUUGGGAUGUGGAACACGUAGUCAUGCCUAAUGUAAGUUUAAAUUUUUUAUCCCUUUUUAAACUUUUGUUUGAAUUUGGUUAAACUGCGUUUUUUCGAAAAAAUGCAAAAACUUCAUUCCAAACAAAAAAAACGUUUACAAACAAUUUCAUUAACCAUCUAAUCUGUUUUGUUUAGUGGUUUGAAGAAAAAGCACCGACAAUGUCCUCAAUUAUGGCGCUUCGUGUCAUCACCUACAUAAAAGAGCACUAUCCAGAAGAACUGGAUCGCACAGUACGUGCUUUUUGGAGUCGAAUGUUCCACGACCAUAAGCCCAACUUUUUGCCGGCUGACGUGGAUGAACUACUUGAAGAACUUGGUUUUGAUCAUGAAAUCCGAACUCUAGCAGAGUCUGAAGAGAACCGCUCAAAAUUAAGGGAUACUGUAACACGCGAAGUAAAAGAAGGCGGUUUUGGAGUGCCAUAUAUGGUUUUACGAAGACAGGAUCAAGAUGUACAGAAUUACUUUGGCGUUGAAAGUAUACCACUAUUGUUCAAGGAAUUAGGUAUUGUUAAAAGUGAACCUAUUGUACAUGCAAAGCUGUAG